AGUGUUCCGGUGCAGGACCGGCUCUCUAUUCGCAAGACUAAACUCGGACACUAAACAGGUAAGAGGUUCUCUGGACUGGACUGUCGGACCCAAACCAGGGAUUUCUGCCUGUGUUGAGUGGGGGAAUCCACUCGGCUCCGUUCGGUUCCGGUUCGGUUCGAUUCGGUUCGGGGUUCUGCUACUCUGUGGUGAAUCUGUGUGGUCAGUCUGUCUGGAUUGGACCGAGAUGGUAGGAGAGGCAAACCGGACCGGAACGUGCACGAGGGGGCCGUGAACGGACUGCGUGCCAGAGCGCACGCGACCGUAUGAAUGAGACAGAGAUGGAGAAACUACUGAAGCAGGUAGGAGCGCGCGCAUAUGUGUGUGCUUGUGUGAGUGUGAUACACUGUGUGUUUACGUCCCCCUACCCCCUCGGUUUGAGUGUGUGUGUUCCUCCGUUAUGAAACCCAAACGGUUGAGAGAUGAUUGAUUUAUUAGCGUGUGAAACCCUUUUGCAUAAUAGUUUGGAUACUGUGGAAUUUGUUGAUAAAACAGAUUUUGAUGGUUUGUAGAAUAUUUAAAGUCAAUAUUUAGACAAAAAUAGAGCAAAGACAUGUCAAUACCAAAUCAAUAUGAUAUCAACGUUUAAUGAUAAAAUUGAAUUAGUGGAUGAAAUAAUUGUUUUAUCUUCAAAAAAAAGAUGCUCAAUAGAAACACAUAUUUAUGUUUCUUAAAAGUAGUUUCAUGGUCAUGUUUCUCAUUGUGUCUCGUCAUCUUUUCUUCUACCAACACUCUGUAAAUAUUGUGAACCCAGGAGACCAGUUUCUGGACUUUAGAAAGUAAAAUGUUGUCCCUUUCUUGACUGAUAUCAUCGGAUUUCAGUUGCUCAACAGUUCAGCGUCUCCUUUGUCUUAUUUUUGUGUCAUGUUGCUCCAAAUAUUUUCAAUGGGUGACAUGUCAGGACUGCAGGCAGGUCAGUUUAGCAGCAGGACUCUUCUACUACAGAGCCAUGCUGUUAUAAUACCUGCAGAAUGCGGUUUGGCAUUGACUUGCUGAAAUAUGACAGUCUUACCUGGAAAAGUCCUUAUCUGGAUGGCAGCAUAUGUUACUCCUGAACCUGUAGGGGAGAGUGGGGUACGUUGAGCCACCCCCUGUUGCUUGGAAAUGGUAAAAGAAAUUGCUCAUGUGACCAAUUUUUUAUGAGAUGGGCAUCAAUUCAUGGAGUCUGUGAAGGUUAGAAGCACAUGGGUGAAGGGGUUAGACAUUUAUUUCCAAAAAAGAAACAUUUUUCACUUUUGAAAGUGAAUUUAGUGAAUAAGUUUAUUAGAAUUGUGUUUAAACCAAAAAAGAUCAUUUUAAAUUUGUUUUAUACAUCAAUUGUGGUAUCUAUGAGCUACAACAUGAGGUCAAAAACCUAGCAUAAAAGUCCACCAUUUUAGUUUAGAGGACUAAUAAAGUCAUCAUAGUAGUUCUGGGGUAAGAUGAGCCAGUGGUUCAACUGAGAAAGUAAAGGAGUCUGAUCAGAGGAUCAGAGUUUCAGUUCAGAUUGUUCAAAUGUUUUACUUUUUCUUUUCAAAAAUACAGCUGUGAAUGUUCUGAAUCACUUAAGGGCAUUCUCAUGUUAAAAUGACUUUUUACAAAACAACUUUUUAGCAGUUAUAUGCAAUAAUAAUAAAAAGAAUUAUUGUACCAGUUGAAUAGAGUAUAAUAGAUAAAAAUACACACAAGUGUGAAGAAGUGACUGUUAUUUAGGGAAAGAGAAGGUGAGGGAGGGCUGGGGUGGAGAGUGGGGGAGUAGUAGGGAUACGGCUCAACUUACCCCACUCCUAUGGUCAACUUACCCCAUACAUGGGGUAGGUUGACAAUAGGAGACCACUUUUUUGGCAUGCUAUAUUGUCAAGACAGUUAUGUUUACACUCAAUCUGUUGGUUUGCAGGGAUGAACAACAUCUUGAAAUAUAUGCAGAUACACUAAUUAGAGACAAAACUAUGAUUGCCUUGAUGUAGUGAUCCAAAAUAUGAAUAAUGGCUCAUCUUACCCCACUCCUCCCCUAUAUAUUGUUCAGCAUCAAUGGAGUCUUCACAGAUGUGUAAGCUACCCAUUCCAUGGAAACUAAAGAUCCCCAUACCAUCAGGAAUGCUGGCUUUGGACUGUGAGCUCAUGAAAAGCUGCGUGGUCCCUCUUCUCCUUAGAGCAGGGACUGUAGUGUCCAAGAUAACCUAAAAGAAAUUGUGAAAUGUCAAACCAAAACCACUGGCUCCAUUCUGGCAUAAAUCAUUCGAGAAAGGCGUCAGACUCUUACGAUCCCAUACUAUACUUACCCAGUAGCUAUUUCUCUUGACUUUACAUCAGGCCUUACCUAACGCAGGAGCACCCUGGAUCAUUUGCCUCAGAGCCUGCUCGUGUUUGUUGAAUGUGUUUUGAUGAAGUGGGAAAAAAGUCAAACAAGUUUAUAUCCUGAAGUUACUCUUGUUUUCAUCUCCAUGUCAGAUAGAGAGAGAGAGAGAGAGAGAGAGAGAGAGAGAGAGAGAGAGAGAGAGAGAGAGAGGUGCAUUAAAGCUGGAGGGUGCUGGAGUCUAACCAACAUACAUCAUUCUAAAUAUAGACACACACACACACACACACACACACACACACACACACACACACACACACACACACACAUCUGAGGUCUUUUUUCAUUCAGUUAUAAAGGACAGAAAAUGAAAUGAAAAGAAGAGAUAGGGAGGUGUGGAAUGACUGGCAGCACCUGAGGGGGCGAUCGACACACACUCAUCCAUCACUUCCUGUUUCUGUCUCGUCUUUUCAUCCCUCCAUCCUCCUUCUCCUCCUCCUCCUCCUCCUCCUCCUCAUCUCAUCACCCUGCAGACAGACACAGAAAGAGACAGAAAGAGAGAGAGAGGGGGUGUCUGGGUAAUGAAGUCCUUAUUUAGGGGGCUGCUGACAUUACAGUUCAAAGAGUUCAACUGACCAACAGGUUUACAGUUUCCAUGAAGUCUACACUGUUACCAUAGUCACAACCAUUAUUUUUAGGACGACAUCCAGGAAAUUUGUGUGAAACUAAAAACAAACAAGUGACUCAAACGAAACACAAAACCUGACAACCAUUUCUAACUGCUUGGCAGAAAUCCAACAAACAAACCACUGAGUGACAUCCAAAUAAACAUGUAGAAACCUCAAGGUAACAACUAAGCACCUAUCAUGCAACCACAAAAACGCGUAUCAGUUAUUCAACUGUCAUUUAGCAAUAAUUAAUACAGCAACACACAAGAAAUGACGUACAAGCUGUGGACUUAUUGCCUACCAACCAUGAAAACUGCAACCAACAACUAACAAACAAUGACUGAGCAACCACAAAGCAACUAUUAAGGAACUUUAAGGCCACCUGCACACAGAAGAAUCUCUGACUGGCAACUUCGUGAUCUCUUACUGACCCCAAAGAAAACUAUUAGGGUUUUCUUAGCAACCACAAAUAAAUGCUUAGGCAACCAAAUGGCAACGGCUUACAAACCCGCCAUCGACUUCCAAACAGCUACUGAGGAACAUCUGAGCAACAACUUACAGACCUUUUGAGCACUGACCAAUCUCUUGCCAACUACUCAGCAACCAAAUCGAAAUUUGCUGAGUUCUGAGGACAAGCUCAGAAAAAAACUCUUAAGUUGUGACUAAUGCUGUGUUCCAGUUUCCUCAGAUGUUGAAGCUGGAAAUUAAGUCCUCUGAACUGACGACAGCCCAGUAAAUAAGUCGGGAAACAAGAUGUUGUAACCAUGGUUGUAAUAGCAGCUGUUGUUAGCCGUUGUUGCCUGCACCAGUUGAAAACAAUGCAAAAUGUGGAAUUUUCGAGGUAUUCCCCGACUUUGUGAGAACAUGUACUCGACAUAAUUUGCACUACACAUUACUCUGCUUCAUGUCCGACCUCAAAAAAACCAAAUUACCUCCACACCACCGACGUUUUCAUGCUAUGGUUGUCGACGAUGUCGUCAUCUGUCGAGCCUUCAUGGUCAUUUCUGCCGGGUGUAGCGCUCAUUUUCAUUUUUUUCUCACCAACAGUGCUGUCGGCUUCACCUGUUAAAGUGCUAUGGUUGGGUGUAGCUGCUGUCUGCUACGACGCAGUUGUUUGCUACUUGGUUCUAAUUCCGCACGAUUGGUUAACUGUGAAGCAGACCUGGAGCAACUCCCCUUUUCAUUGGCUAUUCGUAUAGUCUACCAAAACAUGGCAGAAUGCCGACUAUUGAAAAUCAUAAUUACAAUGUUUUAUAUUGAUAUUGAGGGAAAUUAAUUUUAUAUAUAUAUUGUUAUCAUUUUAUCGCCCAGCCCUACUCAGGUGUGACGUCAUUUUCAGCUUGGACUUCAGACUGCCGGGGUAACUUGAACGCAGCAUAAAACACAGCAUAAGCAACCUCAGAUCAGUCAAUGAGGAGCCACUGAACAAUUCCAAAGCAAGCAACUGAGCAACAACGUUUUAUUAAUUAGAAAGUUUUUGCUCUGUUACCUAGCAACACAAAGCAAAUACGAGCAAAUAACUGAAUGACACCUAUGCUUUCACUUUACCAACCGUAACACAAACUGUAUGGAAACAUCAAUACACAACUAAGUGCCCAUUUUGCAAAAACUAUUACACCAACCCAAACAGCAGAAUAUCACAAAGCAAUCACCCAAAGGCAAAAUUAUGUUUUCAAUCAUGUGGCAACUAAUUGAUGACAACUUUCUAAUUAAUUACUGAGCACAUGGCAACCUUAAAGUGAUCACUCAGUAAUCUUCGAGCAACAGCUAACUGACCCACCACUCGACUAGAAGACAGGCAACAGCGUUUGUUUUAUGGACAGUGGGUACGUGGGUUGGUUGAGCCGUCCCUUCAAAAAAGUGAAAGUCUCCUGCUGUUUGUCAACAGUUAGAGGAAAAUGUUUGAGGGGUGGAGGGCUGAAUUUAUUCUUCACAACAGCUCCUCACUCACACACAGAAACAUCACACUUCUCAUGUUUUCUAAGAUCUGAAACCACGAAAAUGUGUUGUUUGUGUCUGAUACAGCGAUGAUUCAGCUCAACACCAACUGGUACUACCACACGCACACACACAGGCACAAAUACACUGAUACACUAACACACACAACUACCAGUAAGAGUGCUGAUUGAUGCUUUGAGGGGUUUAAAAAAAAAAUACAAACUAAGAAAUUAAUCUGUUUUUCUAUACUGUGGUCUGUGGGGAAAAGAAAACCCAAAUGUUAGAAUAUUCAACAAUAAAUAGUGAAAGGGGGUCAGGGUGCUGAGGUAUACUCUAUUUUUGAAUCUGACACACCGAAAAAAACACACAAAAAAAAACAGCAAACAUAAGCUGAAAAAGGGGGUUACAUAACAACUGAACAGAUCGGCUUUUGCACGAAUCAAAAUAGUCGAGAAAGCAAACUUUUAAAAGUCUAUAUUUGUCUUCAGUUUUGAUGGAUGGAUCAGAAAGUCACAGAUAGAGAUAGAUAGAACAAAAUCUUGAUAUAAUAAAUGUUCUGAAUCAGUUAAAAUCUGUAGUUUUUUUACUUUUCAUAUCACAUGUCAUCUAAACAAAACCAUAUCUCAUAUCAUUUUUUUCUUAUUGUAUUAUAUUGUAAUGUAUCAAAUCACUCAUAUUAUAUCCAACAAUUAUAUAUAAUUUUCACUGUAAAUAUCAUGUUGUUAUACCAUAGUGUAUAAUUGUAAUGUUUGUAUCACAUGAUGAUAUUGCACAGCCGCAUCUCAAUAUACUUUACCAAACUUAGUCACACUAUGCAAUACACUGUGAAUUAAACUUUAAUUCUAUGCAGCUCAAAAUGAUACAACACACUUUUGUUAUCUCCAUAUAUAGGAAAAUUUGCUGCACAUAUUCAGUGGCUUUCACACGUACAAAUGUAAAAAUGGGUUACAGCUCGUCUCAUGAAGAACAGAUGUCAUAAUGUGCGCGCGUCUGUGUGUAUUUUUGUGCGUGUAUUGUGAUCACACAGCUUUGACUUUGCAUCAGUUACUGUUUAUGACCAUAUGAUUUCAGCGUAAAGCAUUGACAGCUGUGUGUAUUCUGUAUAUGUGUUGUGAGUGUGUGCUGUAAUAAACCGACAAACCCUCCACACUGAUAUGAUGUAUUUAUAUAUGUAUACACACAUAGUCUUAGAUGCAUAUUUUAAAUUUUUGAUGAUACAUAAUGUAGUUUUAACCACAUGUUUGUAUUAAAACCUUUACUUUUUACUGUAAAUCAUAAGUAUAUAUACUGAUAUAUAUUGGUAAAUACUGUGUUAACAUCGUAUUAAUUUCAAACUCUUCCUAUCCUAUGUUGUGUAUGCCAUACAUUAUGUUUGUACUUUACAUUUAUGAAAUGCCAUAUAAUCAUUAUCAGUAUUAUGGUGGUAAUUAAAGUGUACUGUUGCACUGUGGUUAUUAUAGUAACCUAAAUUCAUCAUAUAAGUGGUGUUGGUACACUGGCUGUACAUUUGUAUGUGCAGGAUGCGGCAGCGGAGUGUACAGCCAUAUGGCUGACACCCCCCCCCGGGACCUCUUAGCCAAUUUGAUCACUCCACUUGCCUGCAAAACACAGUGGAAUACACACACACACACACACACACACACACACACACACACACACACACACACACACACACACACACACACACACACACACACACACAGAUAUAGGUUCCUGCUGUGUUCAGCCUGUUGGGGUCAGUUUCUUUCUUUAAAGGUACAGAAUAAAUGAAUGAGUGUCAGAUGAAAAGACAUGAGGUUGAUUAAAUGGUAUUUUUUUCAGCUGAUGCUCUUUCAUUUGAUGACUGAAUAGAGACAUCACAGAUUAAUAAAGAGUUUUGAAAUAACAGUAUUGAUCGGGAUUGGGAAUAAUACAGCAUUCAUUGUCUCUUCUGGGACGCAGUGGAUCUCUGAGCGUAUUUUAAUAACUAUGUUAGAAGCAGAAACUGUUUCAGACCGAUUUCCUCUCCUGGAGAAUGAAGUGUACCCUGCGUCCUUAAACUGCAACUUUUACUGUGUCUACAGGUAUGAUCUGCUGUAAUUAUUCAAAAGUGCAAUUAACUGGCCCAAUCAGUCAACCUAUUGACUGAUUAAUUGGCCAAUCUAUAAUCACAAUUUGACAACACAAAGGUCCAUAUGCACCAUAAAAUACUUCAUGGGAUUGUAAUUGUGCAGUUUAUUUCCACACACAGUCAGUAUUCUAGUUAUCAUAUCAACUCAAUCCUAUCUUAUCCUUCCGUAUCAUACCUUGUCACAUCAUGUAAAAUCAGAAAAUGUGUCAUGUCGUAUCAUGUCAUAUCACGUUGUAUUGUUUUGUUCGUAUUUGUGAGUCCUGCCUUCGAGCCUCUGCUUUCACUGCCAUUUCUAAAAAACCACAACCACAGCUUGAAGAUGAGCAAGUGCUGCUCCCAGCUUGCUGUCUUAUAAUACCCAUAAAUCUGUCUGUGUGUGAGUGUGUGUGUGCGGUCACGCUGAAUGAAUCAUAACAAGUGAAUAAUUAACAGACUGAUCUUAUUUAAUGAAUCUAAUUGUUGAAUUAAUGAGUCAGAGUCGAGUGAAUCUCUUCUGGAGUCAGAUCAGAGCGUCUGGGGAGCAUCAGCCAAAGUCAUGUGACAACCAGUCAUUCAAACACGACCAGAAGCGGCUGUUUGUCGUGUCGUGGAAACGGCAGAGAGAAAAAUGGGAAUAUGGUUAUAAAUUCAGAGUCAGACGGUUUUUAAUAUCUGAUGUAUUUUUAACUUUUAUUACUUUGAUAUUUCCGUCCUGCGUCCUGUGGGGCUGUCUGUCUGUGAGGUGUUUAAUGCGUUUAUUAAAGUGUGGACUGACCAGCUCCUGUCUGUCAAACUGUACGUCUGAUAGAGCUAACAGGUGAUAGAUAAACAGCCCUGACCCUGAGUCUGUGUUCUCCAGGUGGUGUGUGUCUGCGUGUUGUUCAGUGGACGAGUUUCUCCGGCAGAGUUAACCUGUGAAACUCUGAUCCUACUGUCAACCAACCUGACAGGUAACAUCCUGACCGUCUCACAUUUUUAAUCUUGGUAAACGAUAAAUACGUGGAAACUGACCUUUCUUUUCUUGUAUGUUUCUGUGUCAGCGAGGACGUUGGCGUUACUUAACCAGACGUUCACCAUCAGCAACACGUCAGGUUUGUACAGAUGACUACUUCAUUCCUUUCACAUCUCGGUAGCUUUUUCACCUAAAUUGGGCUCCUCCGUAGGCAUGUAAAAAAAAAAAGAGACUCUGCAACAUGAAUGUCAACACAGUCAGUGUGUCCUUGAAAUAUUGCCAAUGUCACACAAACAUAAAAGAGACUGUACAACGAAACAGAUGAGUAACGUUUAAUUGAUAAGUCAUCGUGAUGUGCAGUUUACUUUAAUCACCCUAAGGCUUGGCUUCAAAGGUUGUUCUCAGGUUGAUAUUUUGUAACCACUGAAUGCUUUAUGACCACAGGGACAAUAUUUUCAUGCUUGCUGGACUUGUGUGUAACAGAAAAAGACACAAAAUUGGAACUCCUAAAAAGUGCGGUUGCUGGGGCACUAAUCCCUGGACAUCAGCGAAACAUCAGAAGUAUUUCAAAGUUAUUGCACACUGUGAUAAGUAAUUGGACCUUCUGUUUUUUAAAUCAAUGCAUUUAUAUAUUAACGUGUAAAGUUAAAAAAAAAGUUAAAAUCAACCCUGUAUUUGAUAGAAUAACCUCUUUGAAUGUAUUCACCAGGAAUCCCUGAAUGGAGCCAGCCAAAAAAUCUAAAUGAUCACAGGAUAACUACCAACCGUGAUAACAUGGUUCAGACGUUUUAACAAACAUGUCUGCUGUUACUUAUAUGUAUAGUAAUGUUAUCUUUUAGAAAACAAAAAAUAAUCCAUGUAUUUGAGAGAUUGAACAUUUUAAAUGCAUUAACAAGGGAUUCCUGGAUGCCAGCAAAAAAAAAUCAAAAUUAUUCUAGAAAAAACGGCACAACCCGAUGACACUUUAUAUGCACCCCUGCAGAUUUCUUAAUAAGUAACAGUGUUUUUAUUUAAAAUACUGAGAAUAAACCCAGUAUGUGACAGAAUAAAAACUUGAACUCUAUCUCUUUCCUGUAAGUCAUGGUUUCAGAUAGAUGUAGCAGCGCAGAAUUUAUUGGAAUAAUGGAUCAAAAGGUCAAAAUCAUAUGGGUGCAUCAUGUCAUAGCAGUUAUUUGAUUCACAAAUAAACUGUAUUUCAAAAUCCAAAACAGCAGAAUUUAAAGCGUGUGAAUGGAAAACAGACUUAUCAUUAUUUUGAAAUCUAAUCGUUCGAAAGACCUGCCUUAAAGAAGAGCGUCUCUUCCUCUCUUCAGGUGUGUAUUGCGACCUGUCUGUGGAUGGUAUAGGAACCUGUUGGCCCCGCAGUACAGCAGGAGAGCUGGUAUCCAGACCCUGUCCUGAGCAGUUCAAUGGAAUCCACUACAACACCACCAGUAAGUAACCCUGUACCUGUUCUGUAUUUCACUCUGCAGAGGAAUCAGAUAUUUCAAAGUAAAGCUGACUUAAGAGUGCCUUAAGAAUGCAUUCUUUCUAAUGGCCAGCAGGGGACAACUGGCUAUUUGGAAACGGUAUCUGCUUUUUCUGCUGCGCCUGUUGCACCCUGACUUCCCGUGGCCAUCAGAGCUAGAAAUUGUCCAAAACAAAGUUCAAAUGGUCACUCCAAAAGAAAAGAAACAGUAAUAUCUGAGCCAUUUAAAAUCUAUUCCUAAAUUGAUUGAUUAUUUUUGUGAUCAGGCUGAGAGACGGUGCUGCACUGAUAGAGGGCGGACCAGACGUAGUAAUUUAUCAGUGAUUCCAGACAUGUAAGGUGAUCAUCAUUUUACCAUAUAUACAUAUUUUUAUAAUGCAUAUUUCAUUGGCUAGUGAAAAGCUUGAUAUCCUGUGAGUGACAGAGAAAUGAUGUUUGUUUUUCUACAAGCUGACUCAUUGUUUAUUUCCAUAUAUGAAGCAGCAAUAGCAGAGCCCUCCUGUAAAUCUGUGUGGUUAAAUUUGAAGAACAUUCAUCCGGAUAAGCUUGUGGGAAACUGUAAUAUCCAUAGGUGCUGCUACUGCUGCUGUGAUUCACACGUACAGACUGUAUUGUGAUCUGGUUGAUUGUUAAUCCUCCCCCUUCAGUCAGUAUUUGAGUCACACAUUUACUGUCUUUGUGCUGAAGUGUAAGUUUGGUUAUGUUCCUGCUGAUCCUUUGAAAAUAGAUGAAGGCCUGUUGUACUGUUUUAUUGAGCACUGACUGCAGCCACCGCAUACACAGACUCACAUGAAUGCCAAACAUUUCCUCCCUGUUUGCGUCUCAUAAACACCGCUACCUCUCUGUUUUAUUGCCCAACCAAGGGUGCACACUUGGAGCUCUAUUUUAACCUUACAUAUUUUUUAACAGCCCUAAUGGUCAUGUGGUUGAAUCCUGAAUGUCAUCACAGUGGAUGAUGUCUGCCUGCUUUUGCUCUCCAUACAGGCUGCUUUUUUCUGCAGUUGUGAUUGGACAAUAUUGAGACUGCAAACAGAUGUUAGGUCAUUUCUCAUAUUAAAACUAAGACCAAGACGGCAGAUACUGCAUUUUAAAGGUGGGGUAAGAAAUUUUUUUUGUGGUGUAUACAAAAAAAACCCUUUUAAUAUCAGUCAAUAGCUAUUAGUAAUUGAUAACAUCUGGUAAUCUAACGAUAUCGCUGUGUUCUGUUACGUCUAUGUAGUCAACAUUUUCAAUUUUUUGAGCGUCCCGCUCUUUCUGACUGUAAACAAAGCCGUUCUCUGCCUCCCCGACCAGCAGACGCUGCUCCCCCGUGUUGUGAGGCAUGCUCCACGUCCUUGAAUAGCGUUCACGAGCCCAAACAAAGUUAGCGUGAUACAAUAUCGGACAGUAGAAACCAACCAGAAAGUACGAAAAAUUGUCUGAAUCCUCGUUUGGCCACAACAUACAGAAGUAAGAAAACAAAGUAAAUACCCGAGACUCUGGCAGAAUAACGGGCGCUGAAAAAGGAUGUAGACCGGACAAGAGCUAAGAAGCCGGAUCCUGCCUACCCCACCUUUAACGUAGAAUUUAUAGAUCUAGAUCAACAUAUCCUAGAUGAUAAAGUAGGGCAUGUUUAAAGGUGAGGCUUACUUUGGUUAUAGAUGUCUGUCUUUAAAACCAGUGUUGCUCUCUGAUAAGACAGACUCAGACAUAAAACUCUGUGUAUCGUCAAUGAUUCAAGCUUCAUUCAUCCUCAGCCAAUCAGGAGUUAACAGUUUGGUCUGAGCCAAUGGCAGUUCAGAGCUCUGAGCUUCAGCAAACAGCGAGGAGACGCUGCAGCAGAUCUGUGACUUGUAAUCUGCUGCCAACUGGCUCCAUGACACCCAUCCCCACUCUGUGUGUGUGUGUGUGUGUGUGUGUGUGUGUGUGUGUGCAUUUGUGCAGGAUGUGUGUUUGUAUUGAAGUGUUUAUGUGCGUGUGUUAGUGACUGUGUGGGUGGCAUUAAAUAUCCCGUUUAAUUUGGGGUUUAUUUGUUAAUCUGACCUAAUAGCAUGAGUCAUCUGUGUGUGUGUGUGCGUGCUUGAGUGUAUGGACCCAGCUGGAUCUGCAGUCUCACUCCGUUGUCUUCAUCAUCUCUGUGAGAUACCCUCUCUGCUUCGCUUUCGAUUUCAUCAAAUUUCUCUCACCUGAUUGGCUGAGGUUCAGUGAACAUACAUGUUAAUGAGCUAACUGUCACCAGCACUGAGUGGGUGUAUCGAUCCGUUCGGCUAAUCAGUUAGCAGAGCAGCAAGGCCCAGGCUUAUUGAUCGAGCUGAUGGCAUGAGACCGCCCCCUCCUCCUCCUCCUCCUCCUCCUCGAGGGACUUAAGGGCUGUGACACCAGUUAGGACUAAAUAACAGAUCUUGUGUUGCCGUAGUUACACUAUGGCAGCGUGAGACACCAAAACACUACAGUUAUAAUUCAGUGAGAGUUAGGACACUGGAAUGUAAAAAGAAUUUGAUGUUUUUUAAGUAACUAAAGCUCAUAUUUAUUUAAAGGAAGAGUAGGAGAAGAAGAGGUUCACGACUCCGUGAGAGACUGCGUGAGCAAAUAGUUCAACAAUUUCAGAGUAAAGACCUUCAUAUUUGACAAUGCCAAACCAUAUUACAACAACAUAGCUCUGUAGUAGAAGGGUCCUGCUGCUAAAUUGGUCUGCCAACAGUCCUGACUUGACACCCAUUGAAAUCAUUUGAAGUAUCAUGACAAGGGUUGAAAAGAGGGAGAAAAUUUUUGGUUAAUUUCCAGGAACUUUCCAUGGGAAGUUAAGCUGGGGAAUUUUGGAAAUAUUCCAAAUUGGAAACUGUAGAAUAAGUUAACAAAAAACCUAAUAACACUAAUGCAAUGGCAUGAACAGAAAUAUAGUUGGCUAAACAACUGGAAGGGUCUUCAACAUAUUGGACAAUUGAUGUAUAAAUUAUUGAAUGGUUAUAGAAAACCGUUUUGCAGGAGUCAGAAGAAACAGCAUCACAUUUGAGGUAGCUACCACCACCAAAAUAAGCCAGCCCUUUAAAUGGUCAAUGAAAUGAAAAAUAGCUUGCAUUUAGCAACCUUUUGCAAGUUAAAUAUUAAUACUAUUAUAGAUCAAAUAUAUUUACCCCAUAAUACUAUCAAAACUUAAUUGACUUUAUAUAGUCUGUGGGCUCAGAUGUCUUUGUGAUUGAGGAGUGUACUUGCAUUAAAUCUGGUUGUUUUAGUCAAGAUGAUGCUACAGUAUAUUUUCCCCAAAUAUAUUUAAGUUCCCUGUUGAGGGCCAACCUUCAAUUUUGUAAAUUUCAGAUAUAUUCCCAUUUUUCCCACAUUAAUUCCCAUGGAAAGUUUCCAACUUUGAAAAUUCUCAAAAUUUUGCAACCCUAAUUAUGACAGAAAAAAUAGGACAAAGGAGACUCUGAACUGUCGAGCAGCUGAAAUCCUCUAUCAGGCAAGAAUGGGACAACAUUUCACUUGCCAACACUUAACAAUAUCUGAACUCUCAUGAAAUGAGGUCAUAAUAUAAUAAUGCUCAAGCUGAAAUGUGUGAACAAAGUUAAUUGAAUACAAGCUGAUUUUAUUGUAUUUAACUCAUUCUUAAUUCAGACAGGAAAGUCCUGCUGAGAAUCAAGAUGUCCUCUCCAUAGGGAGGCUUGCUCAUAUUGGCAGCAUGUGUUAGAUUUACUCAAAUGAUACACACAGCUACACACAGGAAAAGAAAAAUAGAAGAAGGAGAAGGAGGAGAAGAGGCACACAGGAGAUGCAGAAAGCUCAGUGGAGUCUAAACUUAGUAAAGACAAUAACAAGUAUAUAAAUAUAAGUGAGUGAAUAAGUAUAGAGAUGAGCUGCAAGGGGAUACAAGAAGAAAAGGUAUUUGUUGAGAAGCUUCUCUGAUUUUACACUUUUUCCUUUACCUCUCUUUAUUUCUUUGUGUUUUUUUUAUUCUUUAUCUCUCUCUCUCUCUCUCUCUCUCUCUCUCUCUCUCUCUCUCUCUCUGUAGACAGGGUGUACAGAGAGUGUCAGUCCAAUGGCAGCUGGGCUCCUCGAGGAAACUACAGUCAGUGUACAGAGAUCAUCAUCCUGGUGAGUCUGAUCAAUACUCUGCCCUCGACAGGUAACGUGUCAGAGAGUCUGAGAGUGGGGUGAGUGGGGGAUUAACAGGGGGGAGAAGUCAGCUGAGAGGGGGGAGACUCAGUCCUAGUUCAGUCAGGACCACUUUCAUCAAAGAAUCAAUUAUUUGCUUGUAUCAGUUUUCUUUGUUGGUCGGUUGUUUAUGUUAUAUUGUUGUUCUGGUUGUCUUUUUUCUUAGUAUAUAAGGUCGAAUUGAUUAUUUUGGGGCAUUUUCAUAUCUAACUUUUUCUCCCGGUAAUAACACUGGCUGUAUUUUUAUUUAAAGGACAAUCAGCUGAUGCAGAGACAUUUCAGACAUUUGAGGACAGAUUAAACUUAGCAGAUAAAACCACUCACAUGACUCUUCUGUCCUCAGAGACAUGGAACAAGAAAAUACUUUCAGAAUCGGUCAGUGCGUGUGUGUGUGUGUGUGUGCGUGUGUGUGUGGGUGUGUGAACUAACACAUCUCUCUGUGGUGCUAAUGUGUUUCUCGGAUGCUGCCAUCUUUAAUGAAUCACCCAGAGGGGGUGAUUUUCUCUGACUCAUUCUUGACCUAACAAAAUUCAGCAAAAACUGUCUGAAAUUUUAGAAACAAAAUGGAAAAGAGAACAUUUUAAAUUUCAGGCUCUCAUACAGUUUGACUGAUCAGACUGCAGUUUAAUGAUAUUACAUUUGUCCAAAAAUACAUGAGAAUUUAAAUCCAAAUGAAUAUAAUCAAACGCUUCUUGUGUUUGAAGUUGUGAACUCUUAAGUAUUCACAUUUUCAAUGACACAAAAGAUAAUUUUAAGACCGACUGUUUUUUUGUUUUUACACAAACACACAAAAGAAGCAAACUGUAAAUACUUCAAUAAAGGUCAGUAUUCAGUCUGCAGCUGUGCCCCUGAUAAGCUCUAGACACAAGCUUUCCAAGUAAAUUAAGGCCAGCUGUGAGACUGAAAUUACUACUAACUGUCAACAUCUCCACUCUCUGCUGCUCAGAGCUGUGCUGUGCACUCCAAUCCUGACAGAAAUCAAUUCAAUCCACUUGCAGGGUAUUACAAACCACAUGGAGCGGAUGGUGUUUAUCAUUAUAUUGGAAUGGAAAUUACCACUAACUGUUAGCAUCUCCACUCUCUGCUGCUCAGAUCUGUGCUGUGCACUCUAAUCCUGAUAUUACUAAAUUUAGUCCACUUAUCAUGGAGGGCCUUAGUAUCAAUAGCAUUUGCAUUUUAGGAAAUCAAUAAAUAAAUACUUUUUUAACCACAAAAACACUUCAUGAAAUGCAAAAUAGAUUUGAUAAAAAGCUAAAUUCUUCACAAUAACACAAGAAAUAUUUUGGAAAGAUGACAUUUGUGACCAGCGACCUUCAACAAACUCUAAAUACCCUUGAGCAAAUUUUCAGCCGUAAUCAAACUUCUUAAUAAUCAAUUAAUUUAUGUCCCAGAUCAAAUUUGAUCAAAACUCAAUUUCAAAAAUAUUUGUGCGCCCCCCCCCCCCCCAAAUUUCUUUGAUCAACAUAAUUUUUUAUGUUGUUUAUAAAAUGUAUAACAGCAUAAUGGUACCAUAACCAUAUUUUCUGGUUUUUCCUCACUUGAGAAUGACAAUACUUAUCAUAACUUAAUCACAGCUGGUUAAAAAUGACACUCGGAUCACUUGGUUUUGUUUUUGCUAAAUGUCAAUUUGCACUGAGAGACAGGUUGAAUCGGCUCCAAAUGAAUGCACAAUGGAUUAUUUAAAUUUAUGCAAACAUCACUGUUGCACAGAGACACUAUUUGCUCUGCAGCAAAGUUUGUGGAGCAUCAGACCCUUUGUGUUUUGUGAAGUGUGCAAUGGCAUUUUGGAUCGGUUAAAAGAAUCACACCUUCAAUUUGUGCUUAAAUAUGAACAAUUAUAUUUCUCUGACACAGAAUUUAAAAUAAAGGCCUGACUUUAAUAAAAGCCUGCUUCAUAUAAAGGCAUUAACAUAAAGUUAAAAGACCUGGCCUGUAUUAGAAGAUUUGUGGUUAUAAAAAAUGACACAUGAACAUGAGAUGGUGAAGAAGCGAGGGAUGAAAACGUCAGUGGAUACCAUCUGGACUCAUCUGUGUGUGUGUGUGUGUGUGUGUGUGUGUGUAUGUAUAUUCUCUGUCAUGUUACACAGUGCAUGCUUCACUCUCUCUCUCUCUCUCUCUCUCCAGCUGAGAGGACCUGUCACUUUCUCCCCUUUUUUCUUCUAUAGACAGGGUUGGCUGCUGGCCAACCAUGGAGCUGUAACUGAUAAAAGAAAAGUGUGUGUUUGUUUGUGUGUGUUUUAUUUUGUGUGUGUGUGUGAUCAGAGUUGCAGGAAAAGGAGGAUAAAAGCAGAGUUGCAUAAAUAUUCAUCAUGUCAGGACAGGCAAGACAAUAAUUUAAUCUGUUCUCAAAUGUCUGAGCAAGAGAUCUGCAGAUCAGUUACAGAUAUCUCAGGGCUGUAUAAUAGACAGGGAUAGUCAUAAUGUUUCUGUCACCAUGGUAACCAAACUUUGCUCACACACUCAUUAUAAAGAGUUCCUGCAGUGAUUCUGCGGAGAUGGUUUGACCCAGGACCCCGCUGACACACUCUUGCAGAGGUUUGCAGUCAGAGGCUACAGAGCUGAAACUCUGAUAAUUUUCCUCUUUGCUGUGAUAUUCAUGAGACUCAGGUAAUACACCUGUCCGUCAGAUACUGUCUGUUCUUAUAAUCUGAAUGAAACUGGGAGAAUCAAACAUUUUACUGAAGUGCUUUGAACCUUAAAAAAAAAAAUCACCAUUUUAUUAUUAAGGAUUUUGAUCUAAUUUGUGCUUUUAUGUCAAAUCUCCCGCCUGGUUAUAUCACACUGUGUACAGCAGCUCUGACAACAGUUUGGAGAGAGAAAGAGAAGAGACACACACACACACACACACACACACACACACACACACACACACACACACACACACACACACACACACACACACACACACACACACACACACACAAAGGGAUAUCUCAGGGCUGAUAAUAGAGGUAGUGACUAGUUACCAAGCAAAAAGAGCUUUUUUUUUUUCAGUUUAUUUUAACCAUUGACCUUUGUGCGUGUGUGUUACUUUCAGAGGAAGAGUAAAGUUCACUAUCAGGUUGCUGUGAUCAUCAACUACCUGGGUCACUGUAUCUCUCUGGGAGCUUUGCUGCUUGCUUUCACACUCUUCAUGAGACUCAGGUAAUUCACCUGUCUGUCUGUCUGUCUGUUCUUGAAUCUGAAUGAAACUGGGAGAAUCAAACAUUUUACUGGCUGCAGUGCCCUCUAGUGGCCAACUGAAAUAGAGCCACAUCGAAAUCAAUCACAUCAGACCUCUUCACAGACUUACAUACAAAAAGAGUGUGUGUUAAUUGUACCUCUGUGUGUGUGUGUGUGUGUGUGUGUGUGUGUGUGUGUGACAGGAGUAUCCGCUGCCUUAGAAACAUCAUUCACUGGAAUCUGAUCUCGGCAUUCAUCCUGAGGAACGCCACCUGGUUCAUAGUCCAACUGACCAUGAACCCUGCAGUAACCGAGAGCAACCAGGUACACACACACACACACACACACACACACACACACACACACACACACACACACACACACACACACACUCACUUAAAGGGUAUAACCAGAAAAAGAAAAGCAAAAGAAGAUGUAACAAAUGAAGAUAACACUUCUUACCUUUUUCUUCAGGUGUGGUGUCGGCUGGUUACAGCAGGUUAUAAUUAUUUCCACGUGACGAACUUCUUCUGGAUGUUCGGCGAAGGUUGUUACCUCCAUACUGCCGUCGUCCUCACGUACUCCACAGACAAGCUCAGGAAGUGGAUGUUCAUCUGCAUCGGCUGGGGUACCUGUCCGUCUUAUUAUCACCUGUCUUUGUGUCUUUCUGUCUACCUCUCUGACUCACUUCUUGUUUGUCUGCCUGCAGGUAUCCCGUUCCCCAUCAUAGUUUUCUGGGCAUUUGGGAAGCUUUACUACGACAAUGAGAAGUAAGAACCCCCUGUCCACCUCCUUUACCUGUUUCUUCUCUGCUCCUGUUUGGGGGGAAUCUAACCUGUAAGAUUUGAUUGGCAGGUGCUGGUUUGGAAAAAAGGCGGGGGUUUAUACUGACUACAUCUACCAAGGACCCAUGAUCCUGGUCCUGCUGGUUAGUUCACCAUAAAGGGAUAUUUCAGUGUUUUUGAACUGAGGUUGUAUGAGUUACAUGUCUAAAGUACAAAGAAACAGAGCUCUGAAAAUGUUCAGUUUUUCAGAUAACAAGCUCCACAGAUGAAGCUAUAGGUCGGUAUUCACACUUACUUCCUCUCUUUAGAUCAACUUUGUCUUCCUCUUCAACAUUGUUCGAAUCCUGAUGACCAAACUGAGGGCGUCCACCACCUCAGAGACCAUCCAGUACAGGUAUGAGCCUCUAAACAGGAAAAACAAACAGAAAAAAAGUUCAUUCUUAAGUUCAGGCAAAGUUCAGAUAAAGACACGUUUCCAAAGCUGACAGUAGUCUUUUCUGUAGAAUGAUUAAAAUGCAAAGAAAUAAAGUAAAAUUGAUCUUUACGUUGAACUUUGUGGUUUUCUUGGUUUUUUUUUCCCUGCAGGAAGGCGGUGAAGGCGACACUGGUGCUGCUGCCUUUGUUGGGAAUCACCUACAUGCUGUUCUUCGUAAAUCCUGGAGGGGAAGAUGAAGUCGCUCAGAUCGUCUUUAUCUACUUUAACUCCAUCUUAGAGUCUUUCCAGGUUAGGGUUAAGUUCGAGUUUCUUAGUAGGUCACUUUUUAACAGCUAUGACCUCGGGUAGCAGCUAACAUUCUCCUCCUCUGUCUGUCACUGCAGGGUUUCUUUGUCUCUGUCUUCUACUGUUUUCUCAACAGUGAGGUAAUCAGAUAUUCUAUUCUAUCCUGUUUAAUUCUAUUCUACUCUUUAUUAUUAUUUUCUAACCAAUCCCUGAUAUUUUAUUCUAUUUUAUUCUUUCCUUUUGGGUACUUUUUCAAUUAUAUCUUUUUGUAUCCUAUUUUCAUCUAUUCUAUUCUAUUUAUGUUUUCUAUGCUAUCUUAUUCUCUUUUAUCCAAUUCUAUUGUUUUGCUUACUAUUUUGUUGUAUUAUAUUCUAUCCUUUUGUAUUCAAUUUUUUAAUUGUGUUCUGUUGUAUUUGAUCCUUUUUCUCCAAUUCAAUUCAACUUUAUUUACAUGGCACUUUUCGUAAAAAGGAAAUGCAAUUCAAAGUGCCUCACAGAGGCUAAAAACAACAAUAAUGACAAAAACCCAACCCUUCCACCCACACACACACCCACCCUCACUCACUCACCCACACAUACACACACACACACAACCGCAAACAGUGUGAGAUUAUAAGAUAUAUUGUUAAAGAGACAUGGCCUGGCACCGAGACAUUACAUGAGGAAAGAGCUACCUUUAGAAACACUGGAGAUAAAAAUAGAGAUAAAAAUGGUGAAAAGAGUAAAACCUGAUGGACUAAUAUAAGAAAAUAAUGAUAUUAAAUGAACAAAUAAGUAAAAGGGGUAAAAGAAGUACAAACCUGUGACAGGAAAUUAAGAAAAAUAUUCUAUUAUUUUUUUCUAUUCUAUUUAUUUUUUCCCACUCUUUUCUCUUCAAUAUUUUUUGUUUUUUUUAAUUCUUAUGUAUUCUAUCUUACGCUGCGUUCGAGUUACCUGGGAUGUUAGAUGUCCAAGCUGGUAAUGACGUUACACCUGAGUUACCAGCGUUUCAGUUACCAAGUCGGAAAAAUGCAAAAUGGGAAGCAGAAACAAGAUGGCAACAUCUUCAAAAGGGGAUGCUAAAAUAACUUAAAAUAACUAAAGUAACAAGCGCUAAAAUAACUUCCAUAGAUGUAGGCAUUGUGUUUCCGCCUCCCAUUUUGCUUUUUUCCAACUUGGUAACUGAAAUGCUGGUAACUCGGGUGUGACGUAAUUCCCAGCUCGGACAUCUGACUUCCGAGGUAACUCAAAUGCAGCAUUACUCUUGCGUUAUCUUUUCUUUUCUAUUCUUUCGUAUUGUAUUUUAUUCUUUUGUACUCUAUUCUGUUCUAUUCUUUUCUUAUGUACUCUUCUUUUUCCAUUUCAUUCUUUAUCUGGUGUGCCACGGGGCUCUCUACUUGUAGCCUUUUGUUAACAACAACAAAACCCAACCUCUGAACAAAAUGGCUUCUUGUAUUUUCCGUCUUGCUGCUGACACCCAUUGAUUCUAUCAAAAUUAUACAUGAUUAAAAAAAUUACACCCAAAAACAAGAAAAAAGAAAGAUGAAAAGAAGAUGGGAGUCAAAGAUCAGAGAGGAAAAUAAGUGAUUGGUGAAAGAACUCUGAACAAACACAGAAAUCACUUAGGAUUCAAUGGAAAUAUUCACUCAAAUAGAAAACGAAGAGAGCCAACUGAAGGUGUUUACUCUCUGAGUAGCAAACAGAACAGGAGAGCUCAGCCUCCUAACAUAAUCUCCGAGCUGAGGGAGGUCACAGGUCCUCCUAAUAGCUCUUGAUUGACAGGUAAACCUUUGGCAUAGAUCUGGAUCUCUGUCCAUAACACUUUGUUUUCAGGACUUCAAUCCAGUGUUAAAUAUGUAUUUCUGCGCCCACCUGUCCCUUUGUUCCAUCUUUCUGUCGGUUUGUUCUAACCUGUCCAGGUGCGGUCCGCGGUCAGGAAGCGUUGGAUUCGUUGGCAGGACCGUCACUCCUUUCGGAGCCGGGCGGUGCGAGCCACAUCACUCCCCACCUCCCCCAGCAGAGUCUCCUUCCACAGCAUCAAACAGUCUUCCAACCUCUGACCUCCUUCACCUCUGACAGACGUGGACUAAUUCAACUAUAACCUGUGAUGUCACUGCAGAGAGCCAAUCAGAGGCUUUGAUUAUCAACAGAUCAGGUCCAAGCAGGCACAGUGCAGGACAAAGACUAAUGGGGCCAAUCAGACAGACCCCUCCAAAUCACAAUCCUACUGACCAAUCACUGGGCUUGACCAAUCAGCUGCUUCCAUGGGGCAGGGAGGCUCAGAUAGGUUUCCCAUCAUGCAGCUGGACUGUGUUCAUAUGAUCACCUUAUUUGUUGACUGUUGGGUGUUUACGAGCUCAUGUUAUAUCCAUCACCAGCUUCCCCUCUUUUUAACAGAGACAAUCUGACACACACUUACACAGUCCCUCACACAGUCUCUCACAAAUACACAGAAACACACACAGUAGAUGGAAAGAUUCACUGAGUUCAGUCCUUUGACAGUUCGUUUAGAAUUCUAAAACAAGACAAAAAAAACAGAAAAUGUUUUCAGUGGCAUGUUUGGCUCAUAAUCACUUGUCCUUGAUUACUCAAACACUUCAUCAGCAGAGACCGUGAACUAGGACAUGAAAAGAGGAUUAAUAACAUCUCACUGAAACUCCAGUUUGUAAGUGCUGGAACAUCGUUUUUAAAUUUGAUAGUAUGAAAUAAUUGAAAGCCCAUAUUUCAUUGACAGUAGUGCAAAGACAACAUAUUAAAUGUUGAUGUUGUAAAAUUGUGUUAUUUUAUGAUAAAUUUGCUACAUGCUACUGUAGGCAGGCCAGUUCUUUUCAACUGUUUGGUUGUCUCUGUUUUUUCUGGCAUCAAAUUUAAAAUGAGCAGAUUUUUUUUUCUUAAAAAGGUAAAAUAAUUUUCAUUCAUUUAACAUGUUAUCAACAUUUUACAGUCUCCUCAUUCUUUUGGAAUUGGGCUUGUAGCUAUACACCUUCAUUCUGCAAUGCCUGUGUCUCUUGGCUCACAUUCUUGUCUUUACACUUUAGGUUACUUAUAUUGUUUUGCAUUCUCACUUGUAACUUUUCUCGCAUUAAGAAUAGCAUGCAGGCACUCUAGGGAUAGUUAACCAGCUGUAUCUUUGCUGCAUUAACCUGUUGCUAGUUCUUUGUGAGGAUAGAAAAUGAAGAGGUUUGCUCUGCGCUGUUAGCUCUUAUAUUAAGUAUUAUUGGUUGAAAAAUUGUGUUACCCUAAAACAUAAAGUAGGACUGUUUAUCAUGAUAGUUGGAGAAGUUAAUUGGAAAGUAAGCCGACUUAUAGACCCACUCAAAUAGACCUUUACUUAUUACAAUGAGAACAAGAGGGUAAACCAAGUCCAGACAGCUAGCUUUUAAGUUAACUUUGCUAAAUCUUGUCAGUAACUAGUAAGUAUCCUUGUAAGGAUAACUGAUAGAUUAGCAUUGCACCAAUAGCUUUAACCUUUACAUUAGGAGGAAAAGAUUGACUCUUUAAGAUUUAUGAGUUAGCAUCAUGGCUCAAAUUGGCUGGUGAUGUCAUUUUCAAACUAGCCAACCGAUAUUUGCACUAAGAUAGUUUUUUUGGCUAGCCUUAGCAAGCAGACAAGCUAAGGCUAGCCUGUCGGCUUCAACCAAGGUGCACUGAGUUAAGGUUUGUGUCUUGGUUUUAUUCACUAAUAAAAUAAUUUUCUAACAAUAAAGUAGCCAAUUUAGUUUCUUAGACAUGAAUAUUUUGAAAAAAAAAAAAAAAGUAGAUUUUUAGUGGUGUAUAAUUCAGAUGCAUAUUUGUCAUGUUGUGUUGGUAGCUGAUUGUAUUGAUGUUUCUUGACUCCAUUGGAAACUUUAAUUAACCUUUAUAGAGGUUAGACUUUUAGGGACCUAGAAGUCACAUUGUUUGGAUUUUAUUGCAAAGAAAUCUUUCAGUGUAGGCUGAAGCUCCUAAAUGCAUCACAAACAUGCAAGACAGCAGAGCUGCCAACAGGGGGCGCUGGCAAUUUGAGCCUUCAUUGAGAACACAAACACACAAGUGCUCUGGGUUCACCGACCUACAAAAAUAGUAAACUGGACAUCAAGGUUGAACGACUUAAACUUUACCCUGUGAACACAUGUGCAACAUGUGUCAAAAUAUCCUAACAUUGAUCUGCAUUCCCGCUCGAGCAGAGUGAAGCAUAGAGUAACGCUUUAUAAUAUAAAUACAUUAAAGUUGGUGAACCACUUGAUGUCAUUGUUGUAAGUUUACGCUUUAAUGCUUUGUCACAUUUCACAGAUCGUUGCUUGUUUAAAUGAGUAAUGAGAGUUAAGUGGAGUUUUUUUUCAGUCUGCAGCCUAUCUAGAGGGAGUCAGGAGGAAUAGUUACCCCCUGAACAAUCACUUCGUAUGAGGAAAAGCUUUUCUCUGAUUGGCUACUGGAAGUUUAAAUGUCAUACCUGCUACCAUAUUUUGGUUAUUUUUGACGUAAUAGUCGACUAGUUAAGAUGAACUUUACGUCCUUAUGUGGCAGCCAAACAAAAGUCUAACUAAAGCCACAACUUAACUAGUUUUAUUGUUGGGUUUUGUGUAGACUUAAUACUCUAACUAGAGACAGAGUGUAUGCACAGCUGGUGCAGCAGGCCCCAAAGCUUUUAUAACAAUACAUGUGAUUUUUACAGAAAUGCUAACUGGAUGAAGUUAAAUGGAAUAAGCUGAAGACUUUGAGUUACUUGCAUAGAAAACAAACUAAUCAGGGUGCAGCUCUAUCACCUGGACAAAGACAAUAGGUACUCGAUACUGGCAGAAACACAGAAUUAAAAAAUCUGAUCAGGAGCCACAACAGCUGAUCUGAACAAGAUGGACUUCUCCUGUUUGGGUGCAUCACAGUACAAACAUAGAUGAACACAAUUAAUUAUGAAUUAACAGGUUAUUACUCACCUGUGCUGUACUUUGAAAACAAAUUAACAAUAGACAUGUUAUCACACUGACUAAUAUAUAACAGACUUCUGUAAGAUCUUGACUCACUGUAGUUAAUAAUAAUAAUAUGUGGGAUUGUAAUAACUUCAUCCGGAGCUGCAGAUGAUGAGACAGAAAACAUUAUUUAAAUAAUAAAUAAACAAGUCUCAGAAAAAAAGAGCCAAGGUAAUUUAAAAAAUGAAGAAAAUGAAAACCGGCUGCAAAAGUUCAUCUUUAAAAAGUCACUGACCUUUUCUGUGUACUUUGACUAUUUGCACUUUCCACACCGUGGGGCUGUACCCAACAGUUUUAAAAUAAAUAUGUAAUAUAAAUACAUAGGUUAAUCUUUAAUUGUAAUAUUGUGCAUAUUUGCACUGUGCAGAGCUAACUUUUAUAGUUUAAUUCAUUCAUUUACUGUAAAUUAACAUGGACCACAUGUGCUCAUUGUCCUCUGGUUGUACUGAAUCCUUUGAGUUGGGGUUCUGACAGUCUCUACUUUCACUAACCAAAAUAUACAAUUAACUGGUAAAUAGAUAAAGAUCAGCUGCAAAAAAAAUCUGCAUGUUAAUUUAAUCUGAUAGAAAAUUUCUGGCAUGUACUUUAAUUUUUUAACGUUUUUAAUUUUAUCCAUAUCCUAUCUGUUAACAUAGAAGUGGCAGGCUUAUGAGUCAUAUUGCAGUCAGACACUAAGGGGAGCUCUAACGCUUAAGUUUUACUUUUGGAAGUGGUCAUGUCGUCCAUCUUUUUUGCGGUCAAUAGACUGAACAAAAAGGGAAACUUUGGGGUCCUAAAAAAGAUCAGCCUUCAUAGAUUGAGACCAGUAGUACCAUGCUAUUCUGUAUUAGCAGUAACCAUAGUGACCGUAGCAUAGGUAGUAGCAGUAGAAGGAAACACUCAGGAUGAAAUGAACUGCUAUUCUCCCUUCUGUCUUUAUUUACCUGAAAUUGUACUUAUUGUGUGAAUAUGUGUGUGUGUAAAUGAGUGUGUGUGUGAGACAGUGUGUGUGUGUGGGAAAGAAGUAUAUAUUCAUAUUAUAAUUAUUAAAGUACAUAAGUGGCAUUAUUCUCUGGAAAAGCUUGAUAAUUAUCUGAUUUAAAGAAACUUUUGUAAAUACAUAUUUAUAAUGAGUUCAGACUGAUUAUAAUUCCUUACCCAAUAGGAGGAUCACUUGUUUUAUUCACUGGACAUUGGGAUAAAACAGGCUGACUGAACAACUGAACAGACUUAAAAGUGGCAUCAUCUGAAUUCAUCAGUGUGAGACUCUUCUUUAUUUUUGAUGUCUAUCUAAUCAAUAAAACUAUCAAAUGAUAA